GAUGGCGGAGGAGGAGAGCCUCACUGACGAAUUAGAGCAGAUAGACUUUCUAAGAGACAGGCAUGUACGCUUCUUUCAGAGAACUCUCCAGGUUUUACCAGAAAGAUACGCCUCCUUGGAGACAACCAGGUUGACUAUCCUAUUUUUUGCCCUGUCUGGUCUCGAUGUUCUCGAUUCCUUGAAUGUCAUCGACAGCAAGGUCACUAUUGAGUGGAUCUACUCCUUGCAGGUCCUACCCACAGAAGACCAAUCUAACCUCAGUCGCUGCGGCUUUCGAGGAUCAUCACACAUCGGAAUUCCAUGCAACACCGAGGGCCCCGGUGUGCUCCAUCCGUACGACAGCGGCCACGUAGCCAUGACCUACACUGGACUGUGCUCUUUGCUAAUACUGGGAGACGACCUGAGCCGAGUCAACAAACAGGCCUGUCUGGCAGGUCUCAGGGUGCUGCAGCUGGACGACGGCAGUUUCUACGCCGUGCCAGAAGGAAGCGAAAACGAUAUACGCUUUAUCUACUGCGCCGCCAGUAUCUGUUACAUGCUGGACGACUGGUCGGGCAUGGAUAUCCAAAAGGCCAUCGAGUACAUCCGAGGAAGCUUGUCUUACGAUAACGGGUUUGGUCAGGGAGCCGGAAGAGAGUCCCACGGCGGCUGGACGUACUGCGCCAUCGCCUCCUUAUGUUUGAUGGGUCGAUUGGAAGAAGCGCUGACUCAGCGGGAGCUGGACAGGAUCCGCCGCUGGUGCAUCAUGAGACAGCAGAGUGGCUUCCACGGGCGCCCCAACAAGCCUGUAGACACGUGCUACUCUUUUUGGGUGGGCGCAACAUUAGAGCUAUUAGAUGUGUUCCAGUACACCGACUUUGACAAGAACAGAACCUUCAUCCUGUCCACGCAGGAUCGAUUAGUGGGAGGCUUCGCCAAGUGGCCAGACAGCCAUCCAGACCCUCUGCACGCCUACUUGGGCCUGUGCGGUUUGUCUCUGAUCGGAGAGCCCAGCCUGAGGAAGGUCCACCCGGCUCUUAACAUCACCCAGAGGGCCUUUGAGCACCUCCGCCUGCUGCAGCAGACAUGGAGGGACAAUAGCAGCGGCUGUAGUGGACAGCACUGACAGGACGACCAACCAGCAUGUUCAGUAAACACACGUCUAAGGAGUCUUUUUUUUUACCUAGGUGGCCUCCUUUUUAUUUGAGGACAACAGGAGUGUCCAGCUAGUAACUUUGGAAAGUGGCCUUUCCUUUACAUAAAGCUGCCUUUUGGUGAAAAAAAAAAAAACGAACAAAAAAUAUGUGCCAGGACAAAAUCACCAGAGACCUGAAGACAUAACAGGUGCCAAAUUGUCUCCAUCAUGAUUAAGAAUUGAAAGAAAACCUGUGUGGAUGUGGAGCAGCAAUGUUUAAAGGCCUACUGAAAUGAAUUUUUUUUAUUUAAGUGGGGAUAGCAGAUCCAUUCUAUGUGUCAUACUUGAUAAUUUCGCGAUAUUACCAUAUUUUUGCUGAAAGGAUUUAGUAGAGAACAUCGACUAUAAAGUUUGCAACUUUUGGUCGCUGAUAAAAAAAGCCUUGCCUGUACCGGAAGUAGCGUGACGUCACAGGUUGAAAGGCUCCUCACAUUUCCCCAUUGUUUACACCAGCAGCGAGAGUGAUUCGGACCGAGAAAGCGACGAUUACCCAAUUAAUUUGAGCCAGGAUGAAAGAUUCAUGGAGGAGGAACGUGAGAGUGAAGGACUAGAGUGCAGUGCAGGACGCAUCUUUUUUCGCUCUGACCGUAACUUAGGUACAAGCUGGCUCAUUGGAUUCUACACUCUCUCCUUUUUCUAUUGUGGAUCCCGGAUUUGUAUUUUAAACCACCUCGGAUACUAUAUCCUCUUGAAAAUGAGAGUCGAGAAUGCGAAAUGGACAUUCACAGUGACUUUUAUCUCCACGACAAUACAUCGGCGAAGCACUUUAGCUACGGAGCUAACGUGAUAGCAUCGUGCUUAAAUGCAGAUAGAAACAAAAGAAAUAAACCCCUGACUGGAAGGAUAGACAGAAAAUCAACAACACUAUUAAACCAUGGACAUGUAAAUACGCGGUUAAUGCUUUCCAGCUUGGCGAAGCUUAACAAUGCUGUUGCUAACGACGCCAUUGAAGCUAACUUAGCAACGGGACCUCACAGAGCUAUGAUAAAAACAUUAGCGCUCCACCUACGCCAGCCAGCCCUCAUCAGCUCAUCAACACCCGUCUCACCUGCGUUCCAGCGAUCGACGGAAAGACGAAGGACUUCACCCGAUCAUCCGUGCGGUCGGCGGCUAGCGUCGGAUAGCGCGUCUGCUAUCCAAGUCAAAGUCCUCCUGGUUGUGUUGCUACAGCCUGCCGCAAAUACACCGAUCCCACCUACAACUUUCUUCUUUGCAGUCUUCAUUGUUCAUUAAACAAAUUGCAAAAUAUUCACCAACACAGAUGUCCAGAAUACUGUGGAAUUUUGAGAUGAAAACAGCUUUUUUGUAUUGGAUUCAAUUGUGUCCGAAUACUUCCGUUUAGCUACGGACGUCACGCGCAUACGUCAUCAUACAAAGACGUUUUCAACCGGAAGUUUAGCGGGAAAUUUAAAAUUGCACUUUAUAAGUUAACCCGGCCGUAUUGGCAUGUGUUGCAAUGUUAAGAUUUCAUCAUUGAUAUAUAAACUAUCAGACUGCGUGGUCGGUAGUAGUGGGUUUCAGUAGGCCUUUAAGGAUGUGUUUUGGCUGAUUUAUAGUUGAACAGUGUUAUGUAAGAUGGACAUGAAACCUUUUAGCAUCACCCUCAUGGACAACAGCUUCUUACGCACACAAGACGUAAUCAUGCAUUUGAAGGGGACCUGUCUUAAUUCUGACUGAAAGUGUGGAAAAAAGUUGAGACCAGUCAUGUUGUCCUUGGAAGCAAAGCACCUUCUAAGGACAGAAGGUUCAUAAUCACUAACACCCUUCCAGUGCUUUUAUUGACCUUUUCAAAGCUUGCCACUCUCAAAAAGGUUAAUUCCAGCCCAGCAGCUUUCAUCUCCACCCUCCGUCUCCCACCAUCUUUGUUUGCUAAUGAGGAGGUAUGAUCAGGUGGUGCUGCACCCAAAGGAGAUUAGUAGCCAACAACCACCUGAAGGGACUCUUUGGUCUUUUGGAAGAUUGUUCUACAACACCUGCAGGAAACAAAAGAAAAACAACAGCUUCUAGGAGCAAGUGGGAAUCAAACGUCUCUUAGGGAAUUUCUCUUUUUGAUCCCGUGAGCUGGCCUGGCUCAGACAGAUUCACCAUUGCCGACAGUAACUAUUUAAUGGAUCCACUUGAUAGCCAUCUUUCACCUCAGGCUCUAGUUGCAACGUCCUGUUUUUCCCUAUAAUUGGUGUGGAAUCCUUCCCGAAGCCUUUUUCAGCAAGUGAAUCGUAAGCCCCUUUUUAAGAAGGAUCCUGCAAAAUGGCUGUCAAUGAAAGAUCCAGCAUUUAUUCACCUUUGCCUUUUUACACAGAACACAAUAAACUGAAAUAUUUCCAAUCGGAGGUAGUGUUAGCAUCUAGUGCAGUGGUUCUUAACCUUGUUGGAGAUGCCGAACCCCAUCAGUUUCAUAUGCGCAUUCACCGAACCCUUCUUUAGUGAAAAAUAAAAUGUUUUUUUUUCAAAUUCAAGACAAAGUUAUGUUUUUUUACUGGUGCACAAAAUGAACCGUGCAUCAUCAUGUUGUUCAAAGAACAAAACCAACACAGUGCAUGAACUCACAACAAAUUACACACAUGCAAAUCAGUUUGAUUUCUGCUGUUGCCGUAUCCAUAAAGCCGAUAGGGAGAAGUUUUUAUUUACACGAUGAGUCGGGUGUGUCUUGAACUCUGCGGCGGAGGCUCCGUCGAACCCCUGAGGCCGACUCACCGAACCCCUAGGGUUCGAUCGAACCCAGGUUAAGAACCACUGAUCUAGUGUGACGAAUACAAAACUUGACAAACAACCAUGCCACUGUUAGUUCUAGUGCCUGGUCAGCCGGGGUUCCACAUUGGGUGAAGUAAACCACUGCUGGCUCACUGGUCGUCAUUGCUGCAUCAUUUUAGCAUUUGAUACACGGAUAUAAAUGACACACAAGCUAACUUUAGCUUAGCUGUGCCUUACACUCUAUCGUCUUCUCAGUCUGUUACCUGUCAACCCUACCGUUUUCCCCGUUAAACUCAAGUAUUUUUGUCCUUCUGUCCCAGCGUCUUCCUGUUCCCAUAAACUUCAGCUGAAGCAGUGCUUCCCAAUUAUUUUCUGUCUCGCCCCCCCGCCCUAAGAAGAAAAAAACCUUCCGCGCCUCACACCACUCUCUGCCGCGACUAUGAAUAUUAUCAUUUGUCUAACUGUUAUAAGUCCACCUGAUUGAUUGAUUGAAACUUUUAUUAGUAGAUUGCACAGUACAGUACAUAUGCCGUACAAUUGACCACUAAAUGGUAACACCCGAAUAAAUUUUUCAACUUGUUUAAGUUGGGGUCCACGUUAAUCAAUUCAUUGUAUCCUUAUUAGCAAUAAAGAAGAAGAAGAUGAUCUUUAUUGUCGCAUGUACAUGUACAGCGAAAUGUAGUCUGCAUUUGACCCAUCCUCUCUUCUUAGCAGGCACAAGACAUUAAACCAACAUUGACAACUUGUUGAAUUAGGACCUGACGUUGUAGCAACUCAAACAUUACAUUGAAACAACAUGCUUUUUGACAACGUUCAAUCAAUGUUGGGUUCUGACGUCAUACUUGCCAACCCUCCCGAUUUUUCCGGGAGACUCCCGAAUUUCAGUGCCCCUCCCGAAAAUCUCCCGGGGCAACCAUUCUCCCGAUUUUCACCCGGACAACAAUAUUAAGGGCGCGCCGUGAUGGCGCUGCCUUUAGCGUCCUCUACAACCUGUCGACGGGUCCGCUUUUUCACCAUACAAACAGCAUGCCGGCCCAGUCUCAUGUUGUAUGCGGCUUCUGAGGGUGACCGUGUAAACAACUUUAACACUGUUACAAAUAUGCGCCACACUGAACCCACACCAAACAAGAAUGACAAACACAUUUCGGGAGAACAGCCGCACCGUAACACAACAUAAACACAACAGAACAAAUAGCAAUAAUUCCUUGCAUCUCUAACUCUUCCGGGCUACAAUAUACACCCCCGCUACCACCAAACCCCGCCCCCCACACCUCAAACCCCCACCCACCCCCCCUCCCCCCAAUCUCCCAAAUUCGAAGGUCUCAAGGUUGGCAAGUAUGUCUGACGUUGAUUUGACCAUUGAAUUUUGGUCAUUUCCCAAACCAAUAUUCUACAAUACAAAUACAACGUUGAAACAACAUACUUUUUGACGUUUAUUCAAUGUUAGGUUGUGACAUUGAUUUGACCUUUGAAAUUUGGUUAUUUCCCAACCAACAACGUGGAUUCAACGUUGUCUCAAUUUACAAAUUCAACUAUUUUGUAACGUUGUUUCAGGGGACAUGUAUGUAUAAUCAACGUGGUAUCAAUGUCUUGUGCCUGCUGGAUUAAGGAGCAGUGGGCAGAAAGAAAGAGGAAAAAAAAGGGUGAUUCAAAAAGAAUACGCCAAAAUUAUCACUCGAUAUUUCAAAAAAGAAAGAGAAUAGAAAACUUAGCCUGUACAUAACUUUGAGUAUUUAUUUCAUGCUUUACAAGUUUUUACCAAAUUCUGUUUUAAAAGCAUGCUGCAUUAUGACAAUGGCAUUUGUUUUGGCAAACUUAAGCACACAAAACGCCUUCUGUUGAGGAGUCGCCAUUUUGAUGGUAAAUAAACGCGUGGUAUUCCUACAAUUGAACGGUGCCGAAAGGAUUACAUGACCACAACGGUGAAAUUGUAACACAAUAAAACUUGCAUAACUCCUGUACCAUUGAUUCAGUCUAUUACAACGCUUCAGAACUGAAUAAAUGUGUGAUGAUUUUGGCGUAUUCUUUUUUGAAUCACCCUGUAUAAAAGAAUAACAAUAACAAUGUUUUUUAGUCUGUAACAGAAAAAAAUUACUGUGUAUUAAUUUGUCUGAAAUUUAAAUUCGUGUUUCAUCUAUUACAUUUUUUUGACCAACAUGAACCAUUGGAUACUGAAAAAUACAACUAAAUAAACUUAAUAAAUAAUAUUAAAUUCAAAUUGGCUAUCGACAUUUUAACAUAAAAAACAAAAAUUAAUUAAUUUGUGCAGAUUUUUUUAAAUCAAAAUGAGGAUGUUAAGAUUUAUAGCUACAAUGAGCACAUUUUGUAGUGCGCAGCUAUUGGAAAUGGAGUUUUAAGAACGACAUUGCAUGAUACUGAUAAAGCAUGGACAUGAAGACAUAUAAAGCCCACAUUUGUAUAAAUAUCUUGACAAAUGGGAGGCUUAUUAUUCUUAAGAGGGAGGUCAAAGACAUUUUUUUGUAAGAUUUGUAACGCCGAUUGUCGGACAUUACACAGAGGAAAAAAAUGAUGUGAGCCAGCAUGAAAAAUCUCUCAAGCGUAAUACCAGUUUAUUUUUUUAUUCACGCUACAUCAUCUGGAAAUGUUACAUUUCUCGUGUUUUUAAAUGCUAAUGUUGCCUGAGUCUCCAAUGGAAUCCAAUUUGUAGCCUUGACCUGACCAACAGGCUGAGAACCCUCAUUCUCACUCGCUGUCUCGCGUUCAAUGCGACGUGAUUUUCAGUUUCCAACCUCUCCUGUCACAGGUGUUCCUCAGGGCUCAACCGUAGGGCCCUUGCUAUUUUAUGCUAAAUAACCUUUUGUCACUACCACCAGCCAUCCCCAGCCCCCUAAUUUUGACAAGUGAAUUGGAUCAACUACGAGGAGGGAUAAACAAACAUGUGGAUUAAGCCAUGACGGACCUCAUCUUGUAAAUCAAAGGUUGUUGGAACAACACCGUCCCACCUUGGGUAAACACCAAGAGGAGACUUCUGUCUUCUAAGCCCAGGCAGAGAGGUGGAGGAGGAGGGAUCACUGAGAGUGGAGCAGCAGGAUGAAUAAAUCAUUGGCAACAUCCAUUAUUAAGAGAAACUGGCGGGCAGUGGCGUCACCGCUCAAACUCCUUAUGACGAGAGAACAAUAACAACGCGUCUGUUACUAUUAUUGUCACCGCGUUACAGAAUUUCCCUGGCCUGUUUGGAGUGCAAGUGUCAUCCGGGAAUGGUUGUUUCAGCUGGCCGUCUCAGACACAACAACAAAACUGAACACACACGCAAUUUUGUCCGCAAUCUGCAUGAUUCUGGCUUUCAAAUGCUUUAUCGGGAGCUCGGAUCAAUUCUAAUGGAAUUAGAUGCAUCUUCUAAAGCCUGAAGACCGCUCCAUUCUGGAAAAGUACUUCUUCGCCACACUUGUUACAAUGUGCCUCGGAGAUUGUUGUUCUAAUGUCCCUCAGCAAUGCUUUUUCCAUCGAUUUUUUUCCCCAACCCAUUUUUUUUUUAAAAGUAACAGACAAACCGAAAAGUUGAACUUCCGGAAAACACGCCUUUUUGUUCCCUGCAAUCAGGAUUCUAAUGCAUUUCUCAGAGGAAGAAAAUCAGUUCCCUCGGUCGCUUACUCGGCUUUCCAAAGGGAAAGGGAACGAGAUCACGCCGCUUACCCGCAGAUGGAGCCUGUUACUCGGCCUCAAUAGCUGCCUGCCGCCUGGGGGGGGGAUCAUUGUUUGGACCCCUCCAACGCCACACACGGAUAUACAUAAUGUAACAUGAAAUGCCAUUUAUUUUUUCUAUGCUUUGUAGAGACAUCAAGUGUAGGUAAAAAAGUGUACAUGAUGAUAAAUAUUUGCAAGCAAGGUGUUUCAGCGGGGCGGGUAUGCAAAUGUUGAUUGGUUAGCCAUGUUUGAAUAAUGUGAGGAGCCGAGCUUGGCAGCAAAUACUGCAUCUGUGGUAAAUAAUAAAAACAAAACGCACACAUAUCCCUGUGUCUUUUGUUUUAUCUAUAUUUACUUAUAUUAGAAUAAACAGAUUCGGUGGCAUCCACGCAAACAUGAAUUUGCACUAAAUGAAAUGUUUGUCAUCACUUUUUCCACAUGACUAAAUUGUAGUUAUGGCGCCCCUUAUAGGUUGUGGUCCAAAUUUUCCGGAAGACAAAGAUUUGUAAUCAUUUGACCGGUGAUUCUCAAACUGUGGUACGUAUACCGCUAGUGGUA